AUCAUCUUAUCCAACACAACGCACGGGGUGAAACGCAACACACGAACCCUAAACCACGUUCGCGACCCUGCUCUGGCGCGGCGGAGCGACCGCAUACUCCAAUCCAUCCACUCCUGAUUCGGUUGCUUCCAAAAACAUGUCCCGAUUAGAGGCACGGCGAGAGUGACAGCAUCGAAUCCAUCCACUCCGGAUCUGAGGCGCAGAGAGGAUCCAGUCCAUCCAGUCUGUCCUGAUUCGAGGUGCGGCGGACCGACUGCAUCGAAUCCAUCCAGCCCGCAUUCGAGGCGCGGAGAGGAGCCAAUUCAUCGAGUCCGUGAAUCGCCGUCCGGCUGUUCGUCUCUUGAAACUGCUACCGUGUGUUUGAAGGAAGUAAUCACUCUUCAGUUUCUCUCCAAACAUUCAUGGCGGAUGAUGUGCGCCCCUCGCGGUCAUUAAUGGAUGCCUGGCUCUUUGUUUCUCAUUCUUCCGCUGUGUAUAUAUACUUCCUUUACGCUCACUCUUCUAACCACGGCGACAGAACAUCCAUCAGCAUGGUGCUCUUCUAGGUGUUGUUCAAACUGGGAGAUGGUCGAUUGAUUCGGCCAGAUAUUGGAAACUGGUUCUCGCUUUUUCUUCCUGAAUUUCUUCAGGUGAUAGUUCUAAUGGCUUCUGUACAGGUUAAGUGGAACAGUGUAGUUAUAUGCGCAAAAGAAUGUAGCCAUACUGUUAUAGAGGGGGCGGGUGAAGCCUCAAUAUCUUCUUCUAUUCUGAAGUGAGCAAAGCCCAAUAAUCUUACUGAUAUUUGAAAGUAUGUGUGUGGAUUUUCAAGACACGGUGCAGGCUUUGCAUAAUUCCAAGUAUAAGAAUUUUUGGUUUUGUUCGUUUCCAUUUGUAAGAUGUUGAUGUAUGGGAAAUGUAUUAUUUUCGGGCCAGAUACACUUGGUUCAGUCUGGGGGCAGUGAUGUCAGCAAAUCAUUGGAAGAGUUCAGUAAGUGCAGUCUGUAUCUCAUUCUUUUUCUUAUAAGGGAAGGCAUCACGGCAUAUAGUAAAUAAGUGAAGACCAUCGGACAGGCAACGUUGUUCUUUUCAGUGCUCUCCGCUGUGUCCGUGAUCAGAUUUAUGUGCAUAAAGAUGUGCAUUAACCUGUAACAUGUGUUCAUCACAUAAGAUCAUCAUAACAACCUUCCUUUUGGCAGGGGAGGGGCUAUUUUAGUUAUGACCUGAGGCACAACGAGCAGGAGGAGUUGGCCAACUGGAGUGCUAGAUUCAGGGCAAGUUUGCCUAAGCACUUGAUAAGGCCAUAAGAAGAUGCAAUACAAUGCCACGUAAAAUUCAUCGAGGAGCCGACGGAAAACUACGAGUACUGUGUGGUCCAAAAUUAAGGGAUAAAAAUAAAUGUACAGGUGGGAGAGCAGUUUACUAUAGCGUCGUCCAAGCAAAAAAGAACCGAGAACCAGAACCGGAGGAAAUAACCCCCACGUUCAGAAUUCCACCGCAAGGAAUCAAGAUUGGGUCAUUUCAGUUCCCAUUGAAUAAAGAAAAGGAAGGCACGUUACAUGCUAUAGAUAAAUGCAUGCAUGUGUAAUUAAAAAUGAUUUUCUAUUAGGAAGUUUCCUAGUGUAGUUAGGUUCCUUCGGUUAGUUAGGAUUCCUAUUUACUUUCCUAGUCCUAGUCAUGCAUGAUUUGGUUUCCUGAGAUAUUCACGUUUGUUAUUUGGCUUGCUGGAAGGGUCACGUUUGUUAUUUGGCUUGCUGGAAGGGACGUGCAUUGGCCAUAUAACGGCCAGGCUACGGCCAUUGUAUCAGAUCAGUUUUGAGUUUAUUCGUGAGUUAUGAACAACACAGUAAAACGUCCAUGUCCAGGUUUGGGGUGACUAUAUCUUGUGUAUUAUCUGUGAUUUUCCCAUCGUGGAAAUUUGUUGGCGAUGGAGGGUUGAUCAUCACAUCGACGCCUACGUGCUGAUCCAAGGGGAUCAUUAUUUUUGUUCGUGUAUUUUUGUACGCGGGUGAAAAUUAUUCUUGGAGGUUGCGAGGAGAACAGGGGGAUGGACUGUUAAUCAAGCAUCGUCGUGAAAGAUCGGACCGUCUAUAUGCACGAAUUAGGGUCUCGCUAGUUCGUGCCUCAUCAAGUGGUAUUCAGAGCUAAGGUUAGUCACGGCGAUUUAAUUUGCAAUAUUGUCUGCGGAGACGAGUAUCGACAUGUUGAGCAAGAACAUAUUGAUGGAGGAAGGCAUUGGUGAGGUCAUUCUUUUUCACAGUUGUGAACGAACGACGUGUCAAUUUGACGAUCGAUAAGACUACUGCAGUCAACAUGGUUAGCAUCAAGGUGGUGGAAAAAUUGGGACUGAAGAUGACAUCUCUUGAAAGACCAUACACACUGAAGUGGUUCAAAGGUGAAAUCCACAUCACACAUCAGAUUUUGCUAAUUUUUACUUUGGGGAAAUAUCGUUGUGCGGAAUUUUUUCACGUUUGUCCUAUGCCCAUGGUGUCAUGCCAUCUGCUGCUUGGGAACCCAUGGUGCAAACGUGUUGGGGCUGUUCGGAAUUCAAAAAAAAUACUUACUCUGUAUUAUGGAAAGGCCAACACAUCUGUUUUAUUCCUAUGCCAGUGGAUGUGUUCAUGGCAGAUUGGAUAGGCCGUUUGCAGAAAAGAAGAGAAGAGCAAGAAGAAAUAGAGGAAGAAGUUGAUGCACCGAUGAAGGGUGUAAAUCUUUUGGUGGAAAAGGUUCAGGGGGAUGAUGAUGCAAAGGGGCAGCGAUGGAGUGUUUUCAAAACGCAGUGUAAGAUCAACAAUUGUGCUUGCAAGUUGAUAAUUGAUGGUAGUAGCUUUACAAAUGUCAUUAGCAAAGAUCUUGUGCAGGUAUUGGGUUUGUCCAUGUGGCUCCACCCGCAACCACACCACGUGGAGUGGCUAUACAACUCCGAAAAAUUAAAGAUCAUACAUAAAGUACGUGUGAAGUUUGGAGUUAGAGAUUAUAUUGAUAAGAUGGACUGUGAUGUUGUGCCGAUGGAGGCGUGCCAGUUGCUAUUGGGAAGACCAUGGCAGUUUGAUCAUGAUGCCGUUCAUGCUGGAAGAACCAACACAUACACAUUUAUGCAUGACGGAAGGAAGCAUAUGCUGAAACCAAUGGCGGACAACGCAAUCAACAUAGAACUACAAAUUCCGGAAAAGGCGGAGCAGAAAAUUGAGGAUGAUAAGGCCAUAAGAAGAUGCAAUACAAUGCCACGUAAAAUUCAUCGAGGAGCCGACGGAAAACUACGAGUACUGUGCGGUCCAGAAUUAAGGGAUAAAAAUAAAUGUACAAGUGGGAGAGCAGUUUACUAUAGGGUUGUCCAAGUAAAAAAAGAACCGAGAACCAGAACCGGAGGAAAUAACCCCACGUUCAGAACUCCACCGCAAGGAAUCAAGAUUGGGUCAUUUGAGUUCCCAUUGAAUAAAGAAAAGGAAGGCACGUUACAUGCUAUAGAUAAAUGCAUGCAUGUGUAAUUAAAAAUGAUUUUCUAUUAGGAAGUUUCCUAGUGUAGUUAGGUUCCUUCGGUUAGUUAGGAUUCCUAUUUACUUUCCUAGUCCUAGUCAUGCAUGAUUUGGUUUCCUGAGAUAUUCACGUUGGUUAUUUGGCUUGCUGG